AUGUUGGUGUUCGUCCAGCCAGGGGCCGCCUCGUCGAUGGAGUCUGACGUGGCGGCUGCUCUUGGCGGCGCAAACCCAGUGGACGCGUACUGCAAACUCCUGGGCGGCAGCUUCUGCUCCGACAUCAAGGCGUUCUACCAGGCGGGGCUGGAGAGCGUGAGGCUCAACGAGAAGGCCCCUGCCUACUGGCCGGGCGACCCAAAGUGCGAGAAGCGCUUCUUUGACCAGAGGCUUGACCACUUUGACUCCAGCAGCACGCAGACCUUCAAGCAGAUGUACUACGUCUGCUCGGAAUUCUGGCCCUUGGACCCCGCUGUGCAGAAGGAGAAGGGCACGAUUAUAUUUGAGCAGGGGGCUGAAUCCGCCCUGUCAGGCGUCCCGAUGUCAGCGAUGAUCUGGGACCAUGCCGCCCCUUACAACGCGCUGGUCCUGGCUCUGGAGCACAGGUACUAUGGCGAGUCAUUCCCAUUCGAGCCGCCAGAGACGGCUUACGUGCCGACCAAGCAGCUGCGGUACCUCGACGUCGACCAGGUCCUGCAGGAUGCCGUCUACUUCUUGGCAGAGAUGCGCAAGCAGAUGGCCAUCCCCGCCGCCGUCCCCGCGGUCGCGUUUGGCGGCAGCUACGGGGGAGAGGUCGUCUCAUGGCUGAGGGCGUCCCAGCCCGACGACUUUUCCGCCGCGAUUGCCUCCAGCGCCCCCGUCCAGUUCGUUGUAGGCACCCCUCGCUGGGCCAAAAACGGCGACCUCUACCACGAGGCCGUCGCCGCCGCCAUCCGCGCCGCCCACCCCCAGUGCAGCGGCCUCAUCCGCCGGGGCCUGGACGAGAUCAAGCGGCUCAGCAGGACCGCCUCGGGGCGCAGCGAGCUGGCGCGGCGGAUGGGGAUUUGCGAGGGGGAGCCCGAAUUGACUGAGGCGUCGGCGAUUGCCCUGGCGGAGCGCUUCUACUGGAUGUUCCCCAGCUUUGCCCAGUACGACAAUUCGCCACCGGUGUACGGCACCCUUGCCGCCGCGUGCAACGCGGCUGUCGCCGCCGCCGCCGAGGCCCCGCCGAGCGACAAACUGGCUGCGAUGAGGGGCCUCGUGGACUUCGAGAGCAACACGAUGAAGUACAAUGAGUACAUGGAGUGCUAUCUGUAUUCUGAAGAUGGCAAAGACAAUGACCGCCUGGUGUGGGACUUCAAAACCUGGAGUGCGGAGUUCUUGAGUUACACACUCUACAGCUACCAGUGCUGCGCCAACGGGGCGGUGUUUGCCAACUUUAUGACGCGCAAGGCCGACCGCCACGACGCCUACCUCUCCUACACCGUGAGGAAGGAGAACGUGGUCCGCGACUGCCAAGAGGUCUUCGGAGACGGGGACUGGGUGGUGCCCACCAAGGCCAUGGUGGAUUCGUACGCCCUCAUGCGCAAGAACGGCGGAGUGGUCUUCACAAACGGCCAGCACGACCCCUGGGCUGGCGGCGCCCCCGCUGGGCCCUCUGAGCUGUCGAGCCCGGCCAACGGCGGCAUCGGCUACGUCACGUACCCCGGGGUCGCCCACUGCUCGGACUUCUACUGGUACGACCCAAUGGAGCCGGCAGAGAAGAAGGCGCUGAGGACCAAAGCCAUGGGGUUCGCCAUGACCUCGGCGGAGAUCUGGCGCAAGGCGCGCCUGUGA